UAUUACAGUGAGGAGAGAGAGAGAGAGAGAGAGAGAGAGAGAGAGAGAGAGAGAGAGAGAGUUUCUUCGAUUCGACGAGAGAUGCCGAAGAGAACGACGCAUACGUACUCGAGCGAGGACGCGGCGCCGGAAGGACCCGACUCCGAUCUCUUCGUCUACUACUGCAAGCACUGUGGUUCUCAUGUCCUCAUCACUGAUACUCAAUUGCAGAAGAUGCCGAAGAGGAAGACCGACAGAUCCAGUGUGCUGGACAAGAAGAAGCACCUUGCUAGGUUGAAUGUCAGCGAGGGAGGCAAAGUUUUAUUAAAACGCGGGGAAGGGAAACUGGAGAGACAGUUUAGAAUGAACUGUAUUGGUUGUGAGCUUUUUGUUUGUUAUCGCGCUGAAGAGAGUCUGGAAACAGCCUCCUUCGUUUACAUUGUUGAUGGUGCACUUAGCGCUGUUGCUGCAGAAACUAACCCGCAGGAUGCACCGGUACCUCCCUGCAUUUCACAGCUCGACGGUGGACUUGUUCAGGUUGCUAUAGAAGUGGAAGACCGUGCGCAACGUUCAGCAAUCACGAGAGUAAACGCUGAUGAUGUUCGUGUUACUAUUGCCGCACCAGCAGCUCGUGGGGAAGCUAACAACGAGCUUCUGGAAUUCAUGGGAAGGGUACUUGGUUUAAGGUUGAGCCAGAUGACUCUCCAAAGAGGCUGGAAUAGCAAAUCGAAACUCCUCGUGGUCGAGGAUUUAUCUGCCAGACAGGUGUAUGAGAAGCUUCUUGAGGCCGUUGUACCAUAAAUUCUGAGGUCCGUGCAUGUUGGUGAAAGACAUUAACCGAGAACUCUGCAAUCAGUCAAUCACCCUGUAAUUGGUUUAUCUCAGAGACGAAAGAGUUUUAAUAUUUUGCUUGGGAAGAUAUAGACAAAAUUGCUUUCUUAUAUCUCUGUUUUCAUGCUUCCAAACCACUACUCUUUUUAUACGAUCCCCCAUUAUUAUAGUCUCUGUAUCUAAUACAUUCAAAAGUGUCGUCUUUUGAACUAGAAUUUAAAAAUCACAUUUACAGUUGUCA